UUGAUGUCGGGACUCUUUGACUUGUCUUUGGGCUCAAAUGAGCUGUUUGCUGUUGUAGGGAAACAUUAGUCCUCUCUACAGCAGGCAGCCGGGGGACGCCUCAGCACAACUUUUUCCCUGCAUGCGGUGCGGGUUUCUGUACUUUGGACUGCGGAGAUUUAACAGAAACUCUUCUUUUUUGACACUUUUGUUAUUGGUUUUCAUUCAUCGUUGAAGAAAAGUAUUCAACAUCGCCAGAGGAGCUGGAAAGUAGCAGACAUGCCUCAGCUCAGCAGCGGCGGCGGGGACGACCUGGGAGCGAAUGAUGAGAUGAUAGCGUUCAAAGACGAAGGAGAGCAAGAGGAGAAAAUCCAAGAAAACGCGUUCACGGAGAGAGACCUGGCCGACCUCAAGUCCUCUCUGGUGAACGAGUCGGAAAUAAAUCAGAGUCCUAACGCAGCGGCGGUCAGACGGACACAGCAGGGCGAGCAGAGGGGCUUCCUAGAGAAACACCGGGAGCAUCUAGACGGUGUGUCGAAGCAACAAGAUGGAGGGAUGUACAAGACGCCGGCUUAUCCGGGGUAUCCGUUCCUGAUGCUACCUGACCCCUACCUCCCCAACAGCUCGGUCUCUCCAUCUUCAAACAAAGUGUCGGUGGUGCAGCAGUCUCACGGGAUGCACCCGCUGUCGUCCCUCCUGCCCUACAGCAACGAGCACUUCAGCCCAAGCCCCCCACACCUGCCCACAGACAUGAGCCAGAAGACAGGCGUUCACAGGCAGUCCCAGGACCUCUCAGGGUACUACUCCCUCCCUCCAGGCGGCGUCGGACAGAUCACUCCCUCCAUGGGCUGGCAGAGUCAGCCCGUCUACCCCGGUCUGUCCCCCUGUGGAUUUAGGCAGUCCUACUCCUCCAACCUCUCCGGCUCCUCCUCCUACUCCAGGUUCUCUCACCCACUAAUGCUGGGCCCAUCAGGCAUGCAUCCCACAGGGAUCCCUCACCCUGCCAUAGUGCCCCCCACAGGCAAGCAGGAACAUGACCAGUAUGACAGGGGCAUGUAUGUGAAGCCACAGGAGGCCAAACGGGAGAAGGAGCCCAAGAAGCCAGUCAUCAAGAAACCUCUGAACGCCUUCAUGCUCUACAUGAAGGAGAUGAGGGCGAAGGUCAUCGCAGAGUGCACAUUAAAGGAGAGCGCGGCCAUCAACCAGAUUCUGGGCCGAAGGUGGCAUGCACUCACCCGGGAGGAGCAGGCCAAGUACUACGAGUUGGCCCGUAAAGAGAGACAACUCCACAUGCAGCUCUACCCGACCUGGUCUGCCAGAGACAACUACGAGGCGGGCCUUAGCGGGGUCGCAGGGGAAAAGAGUAAAGCUGAUUGGGGAAAGAAGAAAAGGAGAAAAAGGGAGAAGCUGCAGGACUCCAAUGCAGACCCGGGCUCUCCUAAGAAAUGCCGGGCUCGCUUCGGUCUCAACCAACAAACGGACUGGUGCGGUCCAUGCAGGAGGAAAAAGAAGUGCAUUCGCUACCUUCAAGGAGGAGGCUGCCCCAGCCCAUCUUCUUCAGAUUUAAGUGCUAUAGACUCUCCCCCAUCCCCCUCCCCUGCCCGCCACCGUCUCUACCAGCACCAGCACCGCCCACUCUCCCCUGGCUGCUCCCCUCCUACUCCCACCUCCCCAUCAACACGUCUCCUGUUGUCUCCUCCGGCACACACACGCUCACACACACGCCUGCCCCUGCAGCAGUCAGCCAUCAAGCGCUGCGACCUCCAACAGCCAGCAACCAAACACAGCCACACACACCUGGAACUGUCCAGCAAGCAAAUGCACAGCUCGACGGCGGCGCUAUCGGCCGCCAAGGCAGCAGGACUUUCUCUUAAAGUGCUAACAGAGACUCAGUGAUCGAUGUGGUGUUCUCACAUCCAUGAUCCUCUUCACUUUAGCUUCUUCCAGAGCCAUGAAAAUCCUCACCUGGUGACAUUCUCAUAGUUCUCACAGUGUUCUGGUCAGAGGCUGAAUCCUCCAUGGUAUUUGAUUUGAAGUGUCAAAUGUCAGAUUUGGAAAAGAUGUGGCUCAGGUUGUCAUCAGUCACUGGAAAACUGUCUUCAUGGUGGAUAACUGUAAGCAUGUACUGAGGCUAUUCAUACUUUCAAAAGGGUGUCCAAGUUUGGCAUGAAAAGUUCAAAUGGGCAGCUGCUGUGAUUUGAAGGGGGAUAAAUCUGGAGGAUACAGCCCCUGAACCCUUAGCCGAUGAUGUUCCAUUUGUAGAGAUCCUGAAUUCUAUCAAAGUGAUUGGUCUUGCCUUGAGGACAGCUCUGCUUCCUAACAUUAUUUUACAAAUAAAAGCCAUAAGCCCCCUGAUACUCCUGUGUAAAGUCCACCCUGUGCUCCUACUGACAAUCACAUAUUUAACUCAGCUCUGCUUUAUCUUAAGAAUGAAACAAAAGGCAGAGUUCCAAGAUUCAAAUUGAGAGCCUUUUUGAACUGUUUUAUAUUUAACUCUAAAAUCCAGUCCUUAUCAUCCGCAAGUUUCAUAAGAUCAAACCUGAGGGGAGCAGAGAGCUGGACCAGCAGAACCUCAGCUUUAAAGAGACCAACUUUAAGCUGCCGUUUUCACUUCAGUUUUAUUCCAUUUCCAAUUAUCUCAUAUUGCAUAUCAUGCGUAUUUGCUUGACUCAGUAAAAUGCUUUAACAGGUUAAAAAAGUCUCAAAAUUACACAAGUAACAGCAUAAACACUUCGAGUUCCAGUAAUUUCUAGGCACUUUCAGGCUGUCAGUUUCUUGCUUUAUCAACUGUUACAUUUUUGUUCUCUGAAUUUUGUUAUGUAUUUUUCUCACCUGUAUUUUUGAAAGUCCGCUGGUGAAGAGAUAAAGAGGAAGGCUUUUCUUUUGACUGAACAUUUUUGCAGCUCCGUAAACUAACCCGAGACCAAAUUGGUACUAUUAUAUUGCGUUGUGUUGUAAAGUUUUAUAAAUGUUGGAAUUCCCUAUUAUAAUUAAACUUUUUAUAUGUUUUUAUGUAAAAACAAAAGAAAUAACAAAAAAGAUUUUAGUUUGUAUCAUUUCUAAAGCAAUACAGUUUGUGUUUGUCUUCUGUGCAGAAUUUCACUUUUUUGUUCAAGUGUUACUGCAGGAUCAUUUAAAAGAUAUCUUGUGUUCUCGAUCUGUGCAUGUUCAAUGUUGACAGAAUAAGAUUUGAUUUAAACGGCUUUAAUUUACUGCAGCUUCAAACUCAGCUUCCAGCACUCUGUUACCUGCAGGCUGAGCUUUUGUACAGCAAAACCGUUUUCCUCCAGCAGAGAGAGCUCUUGUGCUAGAAAUAGCUCGUUUUAUUUUGAGGAUGUUCACGUCAUUAGUGGCAACACCUCAGAGAUGUUUUUGUAUUUUUUACGCCUCAAAAGCCUCUGAUGUAUUCCUUGUUUUUGUUUGAUGUAUUAAAGUGUUUCGAAUA